AUGUCAAUCACUGAGAAUACACCAGCUACACCAACAACUACAGAGGCAGCACCAAAGAAAAAGAUUUGCUGCACUUGUCCAGAGACCAAGAAGAUUAGAGACGAAUGCAUCGUUAUGAAUGGCGAGGACAAGUGUCUUGGCUUCAUCGAGGCUCACAAGCAAUGUCUAAGAGCUGAAGGUUUCGAUGUCUAA